AGUUUCUACCGGGUAACAUUGGAGGUUGGAGCUUCAUUCGCUUUGCUCUCAAGUAUUCUCGUUCAAAUUUCGAAAAAUUGGACAACAUGAAUUAAAUAUACUCCAAUUCAUUUUAUUUGUCAAAAAAGUGCUUGAAAUUUGUUUCUUUGUUCAAAAUGGAUAUUUUUGUUACAAUUUACGGUUGUUUAUUUUUAAUUGGAGUCGUUGGUAAUGGAACGUUGGCGGUUACUCUCUGGUGGGGUCGUGGGUCGAAAAGUCCACUAUUACUGGGACUUAUCAUAGCUGAUUUUUUUGUAUGCUGCCUUAGUGGACCUAUCACAGCGGCUUUGUAUACUAUUCCGUCAGAUUCACCAGUAUGGUUGAUCAUUGCUCAAUUCAUGCAGUCUUUUCCAGUCUCAGCCAGUACCCUUUCUAUGAUGGUAAUAUCAGUAGACCGUUUUUUCACAGUAAAAAACUAUCGACCCAUUGGACAAGUAGCGACGCGUCGUCAAGUUUUGAGCAUAACUGUAGCUGCUACAUGGCUUUCGGCAGCAGCUCUUUCAUCAUUCCAAAUCAUAUCAAGAUACAAACAUCCCUGGAAGAAAGGUCUCAUGAUCAGUAGAAUAACAAUGGUUCAUAUCAUACCAGCAUGCACAGUAAUGAUGAGUCAUCUAGGAGUACACGCUAAACUUACCGCAUUGUCCUUAACUGCUAGAGCUAAACAUGGGGAAUUGCCGUUGCCAAUACCCUUAAUGAGACGGCCUACCCAUGUUAUUAUCGUUGCUGGAAUGCCCAAGGGAAGAAAGCAAAUGAGUAUUCCGAACGCCCAAGAUACUAUCGAGGAAACACCACCUCCAACUUCAACUUUACGCAGUCGUAGACGCCUCGCUAAUUGUUUACUUUGUUUAUCUCUAUUCUUUAUUUUGUGUUGGUUUCCAUAUGUGAUCACUCAAUUUUGCGAUGAAUUUAUGCAAAAUGCUACACCGGAAUAUAUUCAACAGAUGACCCUUUUCUUUGGUCACAUGCAUUCUGCUAUAGGCCCUAUUCUAUACUGGAGUAUGAAUCACAAAUGGCCUAAGGGACCUUGUAGUAGAAUACGUCGUCUAACAAUCUAUAGAAGCGCUUCUUCAACAAAUGAAGCAGCACUUGGGCCUUUUAAUCCUCGUUUGGUCCGUCCUCCUCCCUACAGACGCAGAUCUUCUCAUUAUCUCUAUUAACUCUGUGAUCUUCAUAGCCUAACUGAGCAACUUACUCAGGAAGUGCAAUAUCUGUUUUACUAUAUCCCAAGCCCAACAACUACCUUUUAUAAAAGAAAAUCUAAAAUCUUCAAAUGGAAAAAAUCAGAAUUUGUAAAUAUGUGAUAGAACAAGGCUGAAUAGGACAUUUAUAAUGUUGACAUUUUUUUCUUCUCUUCGUCUUUCUGAAUUUUCUCAAAUUCUUUAGAACUAUCUACGAAUUGGAUAUCACUAGUUAUAACCGUUAAACGUUUUUAAAUAUUACAGUGAAGAAAAACUAUCAAUGGAAGUGUUAUAUAUGUUUGAUGUUGCCUCAAACUAACUUUUCUCGAGUUUGAGCCUAUUCAGAAUAAAUCUUGUCAUAUAAAUUGAAUUAUUUCAUUACAUGGAAUGAAUUUAUCAGUUAAGAAGAUUGAGAAGACCAUUUUUAAUGAUAAUCUACCAAAAUUGCACCUUCAACUUCCCAAAUAGCUUAACAGCUGCAUUUUUUUCGGCAAUAAUCCCGAUGUUUCCACUCUUCACUCGAGAUUUUGGUAUAUCUACAUAGUGAAAGAUCCAUGACUUAUCCAUUGUUAAGACACUACAACAGGUUUAAACUUGUGAGUUUCUUGCGUUAUGAUAUAAAAUUGUUUUGAUUUAUGAACUGUUCGGGGGCGGAAAAAGGAAGCAGCUCUAUUUCAAAUUAAUAUUAACAAAUUUAUUCAUCUUGUUUCAGGAGUUAUGGAACAUAUUUUCUCAUGGAGAUAACUUUGUUUUAUUUAUUUUUGUAUUACCGAUGGUAAAUAAGCUAAAUAUUGCUAUGUAAAAUCAACACUAUAUACUGACAAUAAAUGUUAUGAAAUGUGAA